AUGUUUAAUAUAAUUAAAUAGAUAUUGAUUAAAUUAAAAACUGAUCUUAAAAAUUGGAUAAUAGAUAUUGAAGGAAGAAAAGAACAAUUUACAAUCAAUUUAUAAGUAUCUUCAAAAUUAUCUCCUUUCUACAUAUGCAUGUAAAAAUAAAAAAAGACUUCUGCAUCAUAAUAUUGA